AUGGACCAAUGUGGUCUAUGGCAAGAUAUAAUUUCAACAAAAAAUCUUGUUGCUCACCAUAGUGAAAGUUUAAUUUGUUUUGUAAACAAUAAUUGCGUGGAAAAUUACAAUAGUAUUGUAGCUAAGUAUACAGGUGGUAAACGAGUCAAAUUUUCUCUAAGAGAAUCAUACCAGACUCGCUGUGCUUCUGUUGUAACUGCAUAUAACUAUGGACCAAGUUAUAUUAGACACCUCCAUAAAAAAGCCACUAACUACAGCCCGGGAAUAAACAUUUCACAAGGGCCAGAUGAAGGCUAUGGAGCCAUUCACACUGAGAGUGAAAUAAUUGAUAUGCCAUGUGAUGAAUACGAAACAAAAAAAAAAGACGGUUUCUUAGAAAAGUUAAAACUCUUAUCUAAGCAGUUACAAUUAUUAGAACGAAAUACAGUGGACCAAUCAAAAAGCGAUGAAUGGUGA